AUGGGGAGGGGCGCGAUCAAGCGCCCCGCCGCCGCCAUCGCGCCGAAGAAGCGGCCGGCGGGAGUGCCCAGGCCGUUCCCUGUGCGCAGGAAGGGCAAAGACAGGAUGGGCCAACGCCAGAAGACUCAGCAGAAGAAGGUCGAGCAUGCCCGCCACUGCCAGAAGGCGGAGAAGUCGCGCAAGGAGCGCGAGGCGUGGCCCCGCACCUACGACAGCUUCCACGCGAAAGCUACGGACCAUAUGGUAGACAUGCUCAUCGAGGACGGCGUUGCGCUUGACUGGGAAGGCCGCACCUGCCCGCGCUGCGCCGUCGGGACCUUGGGCGCACGGGUGGAGGAUGACACUCGCGGCCCGCAUUGGCGGUGCAACAGCGGCAGGCUGCGCGGCAAGACCGCCCACCCGUGCACUGCCCACCACGUCUUCAAGUCUGGCGGCGGCUGCCAGUCGCCAAGUCUGUCGACGAAGGCAAAGGCCCCCUUCUGCCUCGCGCUCGGCCUAACCACCGCCCAGAUACACUUGCUGACAAAGGUGAACCACAAGAUGAUCUACGUCGGGAAGAAAGAGAUGGACAUUCUCUUCGGCGACAGCGGCCAGCGGCGCUGGUUCGACGUGGAGGCGGACGAGGCGGUCUUCCGCGCCCAGGUCUCCGAUGACGGCCUUUCCAAGACUUGGGAGCAAUGGGCGGGCGUCGUUGAGCGCGGGCGCCCUGGGGGCCUCGCGCCAUGGAAGACCCAGACUGACGGCGCCGAAGCCAACGCGCCAGGCCCGGGCGCCAUCAAGAGGAGCGACUGGGCGCCGUUCCUGAAGGGCCGCCUGGAGAACAGGAAGGUGAUCCCGCACUCUGAUGGAGCCCGCAGCUACAAGACGCGCGCGACGGGCGUCGUGCACGACAACGCGGUGCACCGCGAGAAGCGGAAGAAGAUCGGCGGGAAGCGGGCGUGGCUGAAGCCCAUCUACUCGAAGGUGGUCACCCACAAGUUGUCUGACGGCUCCACGAUCAAGGUGAAGGCGGAGGCCAAAUCAUAG